GUUGAAAGGUCGCCUACGUUGCUACACCGGAAACUAGCAGCUCAGAAACAAGCAAAUGUCAGAAAUGUCAGCAACAGAAGAAAACAUAGAAAUGACUCUUCCGUGUGUGCUUGUCACUAGUUGUGACAGUGAAUUUAAAGAAGAAGAGCUGAUUAAACAAAUCCUUGGUUCAGAGACUUUGCCUCAGCCAUCCGUACAAGACGAAACGGUCUCCUGGUAUCCUUGGACCAUCAACAACAAAUAUUAUACAGCUGAUGUCCGAUUGUGUGCUGUACCUAGCAUUUAUGACAUGUCAUCUGAGAUUGCCCAGUCUAUGCAGGCUUUUAUUGCUUACUUUGACAGUAAAACGAAAGAUGGGCUGGAAAAGUUGAAGCCUUGGAUUUCAGUGGUGGAAGAUCUUGCUCCAGAAGUGCUCAUUCUGGUUUGUGACAGAGUUUGUGAAAACGGUGUUACAAGACAUCAAGCACAACAAUGGUGUUUAGCUCAUGCUUUUGAGCUUGUGGAGCUCAAUCCACAGGAGCUUCCAGAUGAGGAUGAUGACUUUCCAGAAUCCACAGGAGUGAAGAGAGUUGUUCAGGCGCUUAAUGCCAACGUGUGGUCCAGUGUGGAGAUGAAGGAUGGGCACAAUCAGGGUUUUGGUUUAAUGAGCAGUUUAGUGGCUUCCAGACAUAACAACCCACGUUACUGCCAGGAUCCAGCAUCCUCCAGCAUACCAGCAGAGAGCACAGUCAUCAAUGAAGAGGUCAACCAGAGAGAAAACAGCUCAAGCACAGAAUCGCAGGAGGAUUCAGUAGUGGAUGCCAUGACUGAUUUAGACAUUCAGGAGCUUGCCCAUCUCACAGCUGGAGAUGCAGAUGUGGAUAAUUUUGAACGUCUCUUUACAAAAUUAAAGGAGAUGAAAGAUAAAGCUUGUUCAUUACCUCAUGAGCAGAGAAAAGUUCAUGCAGAAAAGGUGGCUAAAGCAUUCUGGACAGCCAUUGGUGGUGAUGGCGAUGAGAUAGAUGGGUUAUCAUCAGGUGAGGAGAGUCAAAGCUAAUCAGCUGGGAAUCCUUCUCCCUCCUGCUGACCCUCCCACCAGUCCUGGAGCUCACAAAAGCAUCACUGCCCCAAGACGUCCUGAUCACACCCUCGAAAGUGGAGAUGCUUACAGGUGAAACUGUAGGCAUAGUUGAAUUUAGAAACUUUUGAUUCUGAAAUAAAUUGUGUUCUUAAAAAAAA